AUGCGUCGGGGCUCUCUCCAGCGUCGGUGGGUCACCGGUCACCAGCAAACAAAGUAUGGCCAUCGGAGGCGGGCUCGCCGCGGCGUGCGGUCGUCGGUCUCUGUGCGCAGCGGUGAUGAUGAUAUCAUCGCGACGUCUGCCACGCUGCACGAGCAACCUGAUUGGCCCGCCCGCGCCGCGCUCGCCCCAGCCAAUCGGCCGCUGGCUGCGCCGGCGCGGUGGCGACCGUUGCGUCGUGCGCCCGCCGUGCGACGUCGUGCUCACCUCCUUGCUCGCGCCGGCGCCGGGUGA